AUGGCUAAUCGAACGGUGAAAGAUGCGAAAUCGAUUAGAGGUACAAAUCCGCAAUAUUUGAUAGAGAAAAUAAUUAGAUCCCGAGUGUACGAUUCGAAAUAUUGGAAGGAAGAAUGUUUCGCUUUGACUGCAGAACUUUUGGUGGACAAAGCCAUGGAAUUGAGGUUAGGAAAUGUUUAUUACCGAAUAACUGCAAAUUGCAAUUUUCAUUUGCGCGAUACAUCGUUCAAUUGCGUUUAUUAUGGCUUCACGUUCAUAGGUGGUGUAUACGGUGGAAAUGUAAAACCAACGCCAUUCCUCUGUCUAAUAUUGAAAAUGCUCCAGAUACAACCUGAGAAGGAUAUUAUAGUGGAAUUUAUAAAAAACGAGGAAUUCAAGUACGUUCGUGCAUUGGGAGCAUUGUAUAUGAGACUGACUGGGUCUUCUUUAGAUUGUUAUAAAUACUUGGAACCAUUGUUCAAUGACAACAGAAAGCUCAGGAGGCAGAACAAGCAAGGUAAAUUUGAAUUGAUCCACAUGGAUGAAUUUAUAGAUGAUCUCCUUAGGGAGGAAAGAUGUUGCGAUAUCAUUUUACCGAGGAUACAGAAAAGGCACGUUCUGGAAGAGAAUAAUGAACUAGAAGCAAAAGUGUCUGCAUUGGAGGAUGAUAUGGAUGAAGGAAUAGAAUCUUCUGAGGAUGAAGAUAUACCUCCAGUCAAGGAAGAUAUUCGCAAAAGAACGGACGAUCAUGACAGAGACAGAGAUCGUCACAGAGACCGAGACAAAAGGCAUUCGCGUUCUGAUAAAAAGUCUGACAGAGAAAAGCAAAGAUCAAGGAGCAGAGACAGGGACAGAGACAGGCGAGAACGUAAACGUAGUAAAUCUCCCAAAAGCCAUUCUUCUCAUAAAGAUAAAGACAGAGAUAAAGAUCGGCAUCGGCGAGAUGACAGAGAUAGAGAAAGAGACCGGGAUCGAGAUCGAAGACGAGAGCGUGACAGAACUAGACACUAA